CACAAUCGCACAACGUUGUACAGCUGAUAUGGCCGUAGUAUAGAUGCACAUGACUGGCUGAUUUUUACCGUUAUUUCUGAAGGAGUCAUAAAACUAAGCCGGAUGAGGUCAUUGCCAUAGGGAGAAAUGUCAUGUCAUGACAUUUACCUGGGGUGACGAUCAACAGGCUGUAGUUACAAGGGGCGAUGGGCAUCUGAUGUUUUGAAAGUAGAUUUCAAAUUAGAAAAGGCAAAACGAUGGCGUCUCUAACGGCAUCCUUGACCUUGAUGCUCCGAGUAUUUUUCCUGUGCUGCCACAUGGUUGGGUUCUUUUUCAUGCAACAAAUAUUGGCCCGUCUCUUCCUGUCCUACCGCAAGGAACUGGUUGACAGGAUCGGCUCCGUGAUGGACGGCUCUGGGCUCAGCAGGGACGAUUACUCACAAAGCAUUCACAGCUUCACAUUUCUGAGUGCCCACUUCCGAUGUAGAUACAUGGAUCUUCUAAAAACAGCUUCUCUCAACGGCAAGGCUCCCAACCCGGAAGUGAUUCCAAUGGACGGAAAGACACGAAAGAAACUUCUAGAUUUCGGGAAGAAAGAUCGCCCUCUGGUGUUGAACUUCGGUAGCUGCACCUGACCCCCGUUUAUGGUAAAGAUGGCGAGAUUCAGAGAGAUCGUUGCUGACUUUACCAACCUAGCGGAUUUUCUGAUUGUGUACAUUGAAGAAGCCCAUCCUACUGAUGGGUGGUUCUUCAGAAACAAUAUAGAUAUCCAUCGUCACAACACCCUUGAAGACAGGGUCGCAGCAGCUCGGCGCCUGGGUGAACUGGAACCCUGCGAUUGUGAGAUUGUGGUGGACAACAUGGACGAUGAAGCUAACAAGCACUACGGCGGUCUGUUCGAGCGUCUGUACAUAGUGCUAAACGGAGUGAUUGUUUAUGAGGGCAUGCGAGGACCAGUUGGGUAUAAAAUAGAAGAGGUGUAUGACUGGUUGUCAAAAUACAGAGGCACUCAAUAGGGGAACCAUUAUAAUACUGUUCAAAGAUAUUCUGCUGUGUCUCAUACAAUGCCUAGACGUAGGGUAGUUGUUGUUGCAAUAGCAGAAAGGUAAUCAGAAUUUAUACAUUUUUUAAGAUGUCUGAUAAAGUUAACAAAUACUGUGUAUUGUACUGACACUAAUGGUUGGGUCACGGCAACCUGCAUCUUAUUCCACUCAGGUGAAUGUUGUAUAGAGUGUGACGUCGCUGUUGCAAACUGACCACAGCUGCAGAGACUGAAGUGACUAUACACAUUACUGGGGAGAAUGACAUGCCGGCACGUGCAGGGGGGGUCCAUUGUGGAAUGUAUUCGUCAUAUUCGUCGUUCUUGAUUUGUUCAUUAUUAUUUUCUCGACUUUUCUUCUUUUGUUCUUAAAUAUUGCAGUUCUUGUCAACUUCUAGAGUAUUUUGCGUGUCCAACAAUUAUAUUCAUGUCUUCUGCUUUAGGUGUGAUUGUUUACAUCGACAUGUAUGCUCUUUCUGAUUAAAGAAUUGAAUGGAG